AUGAAAUUGUUGAGUCAAUUGAUUUUAUUUUGCUUAGUUAGCGUCAUCAACUGUUUACAUUUUGAACUUCCUGCUUCGAAGACGCCUGAACAAGUUUGUAUUCGUGAUUUUGUUAACGAAGGCCAAUUAGUCGUCAUAAAUAUCAAUUCUGACGGUAGAGUUGGUGAUGGACAAGAAUUGAAUUUGUAUGUUCGUGACUCCAAUGGUAAUGAAUACCGUAAUAAGAAGAAUUUUGCUGGAGACGUUCGUGUUGCAUUUACUUCUCCAUCUUCUACAUCAUUUGAUAUUUGUUUGGAAAAUAUUGCCACAUUUGCAGGUGGUGUUAGUAAGAGUAGAUCUAUUGAAUUAGACAUUGAAAGUGGUUCAGAGGCUCGUGAUUGGAAUUUAAUCAGCGCUAAUGAAAAAUUGAAGCCUGUUGAAGUGGAAUUAAGAAGAGUUGAAGAAUUAACUGAUGAAAUUGUUGACGAAUUGGCAUAUUUGAAGAAUAGAGAAGAAAGAUUAAGAGAUACUAAUGAAUCUACCAACAGUAGAGUCAAAUAUUUCUCUAUUUUGAUUAUUAUUGUUUUGACAUCACUAGGUGCUUGGCAAAUCAACUAUUUAAGAAACUUCUUUAGAUCAAAACAUAUUAUUUAA